UCUUCCCACUUUCUAACGGAAAACUUCCCAUCUUCCCCACCAUAUAUUCUCUUCCCAUGUCUCUUUCCACUUCUUGUCUUCAAUAUUGUUAGUUAAUUUGUUUCCCUCACCUCCUCUUAUAUAUAUACACCCCUUUUCAUCUUCCACUUUGCUUUGAUAUAUAUUCUUAAUUUUCAUAUACCUUUGAAUAUUCAUCUUGAAUUAGGGUUUCAGUUUGGGAAGAGAUAAUAUGUGUAGUAGAGGCCAUUGGAGACCAUCUGAAGAUGAGAAGCUUAAAGAGUUGGUGGAAAGCUAUGGACCUCAUAAUUGGAACGCCAUAGCUGAAAAUCUCAGAGGAAGAUCAGGGAAAAGUUGUAGGUUAAGAUGGUUCAAUCAAUUGGACCCAAGGAUAAACAGAAAUCCUUUCACUGAGGAAGAAGAAGAGCGUCUGAUAACUUCUCAUCGGGUUCAUGGCAAUCGAUGGGCCGUAAUUGCGAGACACUUCCCCGGCCGGACCGAUAACGCUGUGAAGAAUCAUUGGCAUGUGAUGAUGGCGAGGAUUCGUCGCGAAAGAUACAAGAUCUAUGCAAAAGGUCCUCUUGAUCAUCACAUAAUUUUCUCUCCAAAUGAUCAUCAAACAAACUUUGAGACAAGAAAACUUUAUUCUUUUGUUGAGAACUAUCAUGAAAAGAAUAAUCACUCAAGUGUCUCGUAUAACCCUUUCCAAUUUCCGAAGUUUCAGUUUCAAGAUCCAAGUUCUUGUUCCACAAUGCUUCAAGAUAAAACUCAAUCAAUUGAGUUCUAUGAUUUUCUUCAAGUAGAUUCCAAUAAAAGUGAAGUUACUGAUAAUGCUAGAAGAGAUGAGGAGGAAGUGAAUCAGGAUGUUGUGGAGCUGAAGAACAAAGAAAAACAUGUUCCAUUCAUAGAUUUUUUGUCUACUUCAAGCUGCUAACAUAGUUGCAAAAUUAAGUGAUUCUCCAGCCAUUUGUAUGAAAUCAAUUGAGCUUAAUUAAUUAGAACCGUACCUCAACCUAUGAACAUGUACUAAUCAUACACAUGUAUAAUGUAUUUAACGACAUAUGUACACUUGUAACAUGUAAAAAACAAAUGAAAACAGGUUUAUUGAAAAAAUUGAAGAAAAGGUAUAGUAUAUGAUUAAUAUUUUAUUUGUUCUA